CAGGCAGAUCGCGGUAGAUGCGAGGAUGGAUAGAUCGACAGAUGCUGGGGCGGAACUUGGAAAUAUUUCCACAUUAUUAGCCUCUACCGACAGGCGAAGAACGUAAAUGAACAGUAAGAUUGCAACUGGCAGUAUCUCAAGGAUGUGCUGCCCCAUAAAAGAGCUUAAACCGGGGAGGAGCGCCUGGACGGAAAUACAGUUGGACGGGUUUUCUCUGAUUGUGGAAGUUUCCUCCCUUUCCUCGCUACUGUCCUGGUGAACAUCUGCUAGUAUUUCCGUAAUCUUUGGAUGCAAGCGGAGAGAAUGAACAAGGCGGCUUUUACAAUUGAUUAUGUUCUGCGCCGUUAGACUGGACGGGAGAUAUCGCAGUUCUUGGCAGUCAUGCAGUGAGUUAAUAAACGUGUCAGCCAGAAAUAUCUGCACAUGAAAUUUUGUUUCGAAAGCAUUUGGUCAGUAAACUUAAAUCUUAAAAAAAAAAAAAAAAAAAAAAUCUAUCGACUCUACUGAGACUUUAUUCGACUGAGUGACUUUCUAAAGGAGAGAGAGGGGAAAUAAACCCUGGUCGAUUAAAAGAAAACGGAACGCCUGAAUACAAGAUUUAACAUUUUUCCAAAUAAUUUAUUUUUUCGUCGCCGAUAUUUUGAUUCUGUAUGAAAAGUCCAGUGGAAAGAGUUGGAGAACAGCAAUGCCGCGCAGGAAGCAGCAAGCGCCGAGGCGAUCGUCAGCCUACGUGCCUGAGGACGAGCUGAAGGCAGCCAAGAUCGAUGAGGAGCCCCUGCAGGAUGACGGUCUCUCCUUAGACGGCCAGGACACCGAGUACCUGUGCAAUGAGGAGGAGGACGCGCGCGAGCAGCUGAGCUAUCAGAACUCCCCUCUGAGCAAUGGCACCAACCCAGACGCCGGGUAUGGCUCACCCCUCAGCGACACCAGCGAUCACCUGGCUGACUUCAAAAGCACCUCCUCUAAAGAGGGCCAGGACAAGGAGGAGGCAGAAGACAUGGAGACAGACCCUGGGCUUUCCUUGCAGGACAGCCUGGCAAAGAUGAAAGCCGUCUAUGCAAACCUGAUCUCAGAUGCUUCCUGGUCCAGCAUCACGAGGGACAUUAUGAGGAGCAAACAUGUUAAUUCCAGCAGCAACAGUACUGCAAGUAACCACAAGGGGAGCAAUAGCAUUCCAAAUAGUCAUAUGAGUAACAUAAACAGCAGUGAAGGCAGCAGCAUUAGUACUGCUAGCGCUAGAGCCACAACCAGCACCACCACAAGUACAACCUGUGCAAAUACCACCACUUUAACCAGUACUAACAAUGGAAGCAUAAGUGGUACCAGUAGUGGAGGUGUUGCUUAUGACUGGCACCAAGCUGCACUUGCUAAAACUUUACAGCAUACACCAUACCACCUCCUGCCAGAACCCAGUCUCUUCAGCACGGUCCAACUGUACCGUCAGAACAAUAAGCUUUAUGGGCCUGUAUUUACUGGCGCCAGCAAAUUUAGAUGCAAGGACUGCAGUGCAGCUUAUGACACACUUGUGGGCCUCACCGUACACAUGAAUGAAACAGGCCAUUACCGUGAUGACAAUAAAGACCAGGAGGACGACAUGGGCAAGAAGUGGUCAAAGCCAAGGAAGCGUUCCUUGAUGGAGAUGGAGGGCAAAGAGGAUGCUCAAAAAGUCUUGAAGUGCAUGUACUGUGGACAUUCAUUUGAAUCUCUACAAGACCUAAGUGUCCACAUGAUUAAAACAAAACACUACCAGAAAGUGCCUCUCAAAGAACCAAUGCCAGCUCUUGCCUCAAAGCUGGUGCCCUCUACCAAAAAGCGAGUGUUUCAUGACCUGGUGUCCCCAUGCUCACCUGAGUCCAUCUCUAGCACAACUGGUGUUCCACUAGCAGAAUCCACACCCACCAAAGACCAAAAGGUUAUAAACCCCUAUGUUACCGCCAACAAUCGUUAUGGCUAUCAGAAUGGUGCAAGCUACACCUGGCAGUUUGAGGCCCGAAAGGCGCAGAUUCUCAAGUGUAUGGAGUGUGGAAGUUCUCAUGACACCCUGCAGCAGCUAACCGCCCAUAUGAUGGUCACAGGACAUUUCCUCAAAGUCACCAAUUCUGCUUCAAAAAAGGGGAAACAGUUAGUGUUUGAUCCAGUGGUGGAGGAAAAAAUUCAAUCCAUUCCUCUUCCACCAACCACAUCACGUCUACCGGUUCCAACCAUUAAGUCACAGGCAGAUUCUCCAUUGCACUCCUCCGCAACUGACGAGAGAAAAGAUUCACAGGAGGAAAAAAUGGAGGUGAAUGAACCAGAGAAGAAAAUUAAAGAGGAAAAAGAUGAUCCAUCUGAAAAGACAGAGAAGCCAGAGAAACCUCAGUACAAGUAUCUCAGAGAGGAGGAUCUGGAAGAGACCCCUAAAGAAGGUCUUGACAUUCUUAAGUCUCUAGAAAAUACUGUAUCUAGUGCAAUUAGCAAAGCUCAGACUGGUACCCCGACAUGGGGAGGCUAUCCCAGCAUCCAUGCUGCCUACCAGCUCCAAGGGUCAGUGAAACCUCUCUCUGCUGUUCAGAGUGUCAAAAUCCAACCUACAUUUAGUGCCAGCAGCCUGAAGUCUCUGUCAUGUGAAACCAGUGCCCUCAUCCAUUCCCCAGGCAGCCCAUCCCCGCCUCCAAACCAUAAGAACAACGUCCUGGCCAUGGAAGAGCUGGUGGAAAAAGUCACAGGCAAAAUUGUUUCAAAGAAAGAGAAGGAGGAAAAGGCUAUCGAUCGCAUCCCAAAAUAUGUUUCCACAAAAUCACCUUCACCUGUACCCAAGGAGAAAAAAGACUUGCCUCAGCCAACUGAUUUAAGUAAACCUAUGAAGAACGGCACCACAGAGGAGUCUGAGCCAGUUGUUAGGGAAGUACAACAGAAGGAGAGCCGUGCUGACACUCCUGACAAGAAUGGGAUGGAUGGCCUCAAAACGCAGGUUAGCAAUGGUUGCAGUAGUUUGGGAAUUAUCACUGACCACUCACCAGAACAGCCUUUAGUCAACCAUCUCAGUGCGCUGCAGUCUAUAAUGAACACUCACUUGGGCAAGGCUUCCAAAACUGUCAGCCCAUUGCUAGACCCAUUAGCAAUGCUCUAUAAAAUCAGCAACAACAUGGUGGAGAAACCCAUUUACAAUCCAACUCAGGUCAAGCAAGUUGAGUCCAUCAAUAGGUAUUAUGAUGACGACCAGCCGAUGGACUUGACGAAAUCCAAGAACAACAAUGGGCGCCCAAACACCUGCUCCUCCACUGUCAUCGGUAACAGUAGCAUCCCUAACAGUAAUCGACCCAUUCUCUCCAACCUCUCCGAAUCUGUGUCCUCCCCUCUGCGGGAAAAUGCACUGAUGGACAUCUCGGACAUGGUAAAAAACCUCACGGGCCGCCUAACGCCAAAGUCAUCGACACCAUCCUCUGUCUCUGAGAAAUCGGACGCAGACUGCAGUGCUUUCGAGGAUGCCCUGGAGGAUUUCUCCCAUGUCCAAAAGAGGAAAGGAAGGCAGUCUAACUGGAAUCCCCAGCAUCUGCUCAUCCUGCAGGCUCAGUUUGCAUCCAGCCUUCGUGAGACCCCUGAGGGGAAGUUUGUCAUAACGGACCUGGGUCCUCAGGAGCGCGUGCAUAUCUGCAAGUUCACCGGUCUCUCCAUGACCACAAUCUCUCACUGGCUGGCCAAUGUGAAGUAUCAGCUUAGACGGACAGGGGGAACCAAGUUCCUGAAGAACAUUGACUCGGGCCAGCCACUGUUCCUGUGCAGUGACUGUGCCUCCCAGUUCAGAACUCCCUCCACUUACAUCAGUCACUUAGAAUCCCAUUUAGGGUUUAGUUUGAAGGACCUCUCAAAGUUAUCCCUAGACCUCAUGAGAGAGCAGCAAGCCGUCACAAAAAUGAUAACGGACAAGACUUUCAGUUCUCUUGGACUGACCGAGGAGGACUCUAACUCUAUCUAUCAGUGCAAACUGUGCAAUAGGACUUUUGUCAGCAAGCAUGCAGUCAAGCUGCAUCUCAGCAAAACACACGGCAAGUCUCCAGAGGAUCACUUGAUCUUCGUCUCCGAGCUUGAAAAGUUAGAUAAAGCAUAAAGGAGCAGGCCAGUGGCAGUGAAGUGACUGGCGUGAGAAUCAUUGCACUACAUCACUGUACUGCACUGCACCUGAACUGAGCCUUCAGUCAAAAUCAGUCAAACUUUUCUUGUGCAACUGCCUGACUGGACCAUAAUCUGUUUUUUUUUUUUUGUUUUAGUUUUUUAUUUGUUUUGUUUUUUUUUGUUGUUGUUGUUGUUCUUCCACACUCUUAAUUUCUAUAUCUGACUUGGUUUUUGUAUUUAUAUGUGUUGAUUAUGUGCAUGUUUCCCCCUCUGUGACUCUAGAUUCAAGCAGAUUUUCCACUGUUUGUACUCUGUGGAAUUGAGAAUGAGACCAGCAUGGUAUCCAUGGGCAUGGUCAAAACAAGACUGAAGAUGUAAUGCGUGAAUAUUUUGAAUCUGUCAUACCAUAUGCUUAAAUCAAACUGACAAUUUCAGCACUCAAAUAUGCAGAAUCCAUUAAGAAUAUACAUAUGGCGUAAACCUGGCAUAUUUUAUUUUGAGCUCAAAUUUCCAAAUUUGGCAUUUUACCAAUAACACUCUGCAUCCCAUAAAUGGAUCUGAGAAAAUGAUAUAUUAAAGGCAGCGUUGCAUCUUUUAAACCUCAAAGGAUGAUGAUUGACUGGCUGCUUCAGAUGAUACACUUUGUGUUUCAAAGGACUUUUUAUGUAUUUGUUGGCAGUUGGUUUUGUUGUUAAGUAUCAUUUUUUUACAGUAGCAAUUUGGAAAUGUAUGCUUUGGUACCAACUUUUCUCUUUCUAUAGGUUUGCUUCAAUUUCAACCUGUAAAGACUUAAUUAAAUCCUUAUAUACAGUACAUAUAUAUUUAAAUGAUCUGCAAUGAUGUACAUGUACAUUUUCCAUCAUCAUAUCUUGCCAAUUGCCGCAGCAUUGUUUGUAUGGUGUGCAUUCUUUUCUAUUGUCAUUUUAUAUAUAGUAAACAAAAAUGAAAUAAUAUGUAAAUAGAUAUAUAUGCAGACAGUAUGUGAACAGUAGCGCCAACAUUCAUCCUUUUGGUCCUCCGGUGUGGUUAAUAUUAAUUGAUUUGGUGGCAUGCAUCCUCAGAUGCAUGGUGUGUGUGCGUAACGAGCAGUCCACAACAUGAGAACCGGUGCAUUUCAAUGUUUUUAAUCAUGCCAUUGUGAAAUGUCCCAUCAAUUCUCUCAUUAUAAAAAAAUGAUUGUUUUUGUCCCUCAAUUGUAUAAUAAAUGCUGACGCAGUCCUUGC